GGUGCAUAUCAUCCACAAAAGUGUACAUAUGAUGAAAUCGAGGUGUCUGAUUUAUUGGAAUACGCUCGUCUCCGUGGAGUCCGGAUCAUUCCAGAAUUUAAUACUCCAGCGCAUACAUUGUCAUGGGGAAAAGCAUUUCCAGACUUACUAACAAAAUGUUAUCAAGACUCUAAGCCAACUGGACAAUUGGGUCCAAUGAAUCCAGUCAACGAUUCUACAUUUGAGUUUUUGAAGAAUCUGUUUACAGAAGUCACCAGCCGAUUUCAUGAUAAUUAUAUUCAUCUUGGAGGCGAUGAUAUAGAUUUUGCCUGUUGGAUUUCGAAUCCAGAAAUAGUUGAAUUCAUGCAAAAAAUGGGAUUCCCUCAUAAUUCUUCCCAGUUAUUAAAUUAUUACGUGUCGAAAGUUGUCGACAUUGUCAAAAGUGUUACUGACCGAAAUCCUUCGAUUACACCUAUUUUAUAUCAAGAUGUUUUAGAAUACGGAUAUCAGGGUGACAAAAACACAGUCAUUCAUGCUUGGCAAAGAUUCAGCUGGAAAGAAUAUGCCAGAAAGGCUACUGGAAAAAAAUUCAACGUCAUAGUUUCUGGUGGUUGGGAUUUAACUCAGCUACAUAACGAAUAUGAUUGGAUUGAAUACUACGAACAUGAUAUCAGAGAAUUUGGAGGCUCAGACGAGCAGGUAUCAUUAGUCAUUGGUGGUGAAGCUACAAUAUGGGGCAGACGCGUGGAUGAGACCAUUAUGAUCACUCUGGCAUGGCCCAGAGGUGCUGCUGUAGCUGAGAGAUUAUGGUCGCCAAUCCCUGAUACGAAAGAAGAAUUCUCACAACGAAUCGGUGAACUUCGAUGCAGAAUGCUCUA